GGCGUCUCUUUCAUCUUUUUAGUGUUAAUCAACUGUCACCCGUGCGACUCUUGACCCAUCAUCGUCACUAUGUGUGGUAUUUUUGCCUAUUUGAAUUACCUGGUACCUGCCACAAGAAAGGAAAUUUUAGAUAUUUUAAUCAAUGGAUUGAAGAGACUAGAAUACAGAGGUUAUGAUUCAGCUGGUGUUGGCUUCGAUGGCAGCAUUGAAGAUUGUAAAGAAUGUCAAAUAAAACUCAUAAAAAGUCAAGGAAAAGUUUGUAGACUAGAAGAAGCUGUACAAAAAUGUAAAGAUGUCAGCUUUGAAAAGAGUUUUGACAUCCAUGUGGGAAUAGCUCACACUCGAUGGGCUACUCAUGGUGAACCCAGUGAUGUCAACAGUCAUCCACAGAGAUCAGAUACAAGUAAUGAAUUCAUACUGGUACAUAAUGGUAUUAUUACUAAUUAUAAAGAUAUUAAAUCCUUCUUGAUGAAAAAAGGUCAUCAAUUUGAAUCUGAAACUGAUACUGAAGUUAUUGCCAAGCUGAUAAAACAUUUAUAUGGCACACAUAAAGAUAGUAAUAUUACCUUUCGUGAGUUGGUAGAAAUAGCUAUUCAACAAUUGGAAGGUGCUUUUGCUCUAGGUGUAACAAGUGUUCACUAUCCAGGAGAGAUUGUUGUCACUCGACGUGGUUCUCCAUUAUUAAUUGGUGUUAAAAGUCAAACUAAACUUACAACUGAUCAUAUACCCAUUUUAUACAGUAAAGGUAAAAAAGAUAUCAGCCUGCACGAAGAACAUCGAGGAUUUAUUGGUUCUGGAAAGAGAAAUGAGGAACAAACAGAAUUCCAUCCAAUUGGUCCCAAUAAAAUUGUUGAGUAUUUCUUUGCUUCUGAUGCUAGUGCUGUUAUUGAACACACCAAUCAAGUAAUAUUUUUAGAAGAUGAUGAUGUUGCUGCUGUCAAAAAUGGCUGUUUGACAAUUCAUCGUGUUUCUAGAAAUGUUGAUGAUUCUACAAUAAGAGAAGUGAUCACUUUGAAGAUGGAAAUCCAACAAAUUAUGAAGGGGAGCUUCAGUUCUUUUAUGCAGAAAGAAAUCUUUGAGCAGCCUGAAUCUGUUGUGAACACAAUGAGAGGUCGUGUGAAUUUUGCUACCAAUAAGGUCGUAUUGGGUGGUAUUAAAGAUUUUAUGUGUGAGAUACGGAGAUGUAGGCGUUUAUUAUUUAUUGCAUGUGGAACCAGUUAUCAUAGUGCCAUAGCUACUCGUCAGUUAUUAGAAGAAUUAACAGAGUUGCCAGUAAUGGUAGAACUAGCUAGUGAUUUCCUAGAUAGAAAUACUCCUGUAUUUAGAGAUGAUGUCUGCUUCUUUAUCAGUCAGUCAGGAGAAACAGCAGAUACAUUAAUGGCUUUACGAUACUGUAAAACAAGAGGAGCCCUGAUUGUUGGUAUAACUAAUGUAGUUGGUAGUUCUAUCAGUCGAGAUUCACAUUGUGGUGUACAUAUCAAUGCUGGACCAGAAAUAGGUGUUGCCAGUACCAAGGCAUAUACCAGUCAGUUUAUAGCUUUAGUUUUAUUUGGUUUAAUCAUGUGUGAAGACAGAAUCUCAAUGCAGGAAAGAAGAAAUGAAAUUAUUCAAGGUUUAAAAACGUUACCAGAACAAAUUAAAGAAGUAUUAAAGAUGGAUGAACAAAUACACAAGCUAGCACUAGAAUUGUAUCAACAGAAAAGCUUGUUAGUAAUGGGUAGAGGUUAUAACUAUGCAACAUGUCUAGAGGGGGCACUGAAAAUUAAGGAAUUGACCUAUAUGCACUCAGAAGGAAUAUUGGCUGGAGAGUUGAAACAUGGACCGUUAGCUCUAGUUGACAAAGCUAUGCCUGUUAUCAUGGUUAUUACAAGAGACUUGGUUUACAAGAAAUGUAUCAAUGCACUAGAACAAGUUAAAGCUAGACAAGGCGAACCCAUCUUGAUUUGUAACUCGGGUGAUACAGACACUCAAUCACAAGCCAAUAAGAGUGUCUCUGUACCAUUAGCUAUUGAUUGUUUACAAGGCAUUCUGACUUGUAUUCCAUUACAAUUGCUCUCACUUCAUAUAGCUGAAUUACGAAAGUUGGAUGUCGAUUGUCCGCGUAAUUUAGCAAAAAGUGUGACUGUGGAAUAAAAAACAGAAGAAUUGCAAUAUGGAUCAACCUCGCCAUUUAUUAAAGACCUAUGCAAGCACUAUGGGUUAACAACAUGGAAUUAUCAUCGUAUUUUAACUGCUGUCAUUUGUCAUGGAUACAUUGUUUAAUUUUUUAUACUAUGUAAUACGAGUUCUGAUCUGAGGUCCAAAAGUUGUUGCCAUAUUUAUACAGAUAGGGCAUCAUCAACAUGUAAUUUACACUGAAGGUUUAUUAGGCUGUAUAUAAAAAUAAAUUUGUGAAGUAAAAACCGUUGAAUUUUAUGGUCAAUCGAUCUCAAUUUUUUUUAUCAAUUUUAUUGAAAAAUACUUGUUUUUGUUGAUGUCCCAGCCAAAAUAUUUCAUUUGAAUUGAUAUGAAUUAAAACAAGCGAUUUAGAUGAGCAUUUUUAACAGCAGGGACGAACUAUGUGUGUUCUUCUUCCCUUAUGAACUUGUAUCAAUUGCUUUAGAAAUAUUGUAAAUAAGAGUUUGAAUAUAUAGUAUAUAGGCAUAUUUAAUAUAUUUGGGGAACAUAUUCUAUUCUAGUGGGAUAAAUUAAUUGUAUAUACAAAUCAUAUUUUAUUUGUUAUAUUUAACAAGGGAUGCUGGUUAUACCUUUUUUAGUAGCCAGAUUGACAAUUUGACAGGUUGUUAAUUUUUAAAAUUUAAAAACAUCAAUUUUUAUGUUGAAUUUAGUAUUUACACCCCAUUUCUUUUGGCAUUAUUAUAAGCCAGCAACCAAUUCUUUUUUUAUGUAAUGAAACUAUUGAAAGAAGUAUACAUAAUAUUCCUUUCUUUGCACUUAACCUCUUCAGAUUUUUUUUUUGUAUUUUAGGCUUCACUAAUAAUGGACCAAAAUAUAUUCUGUGAUAUGCUUUUAAAUCAUUUCAUUUUGGAGUUUUAUAUUUUUAUGUUUAUUUCCUCUAGUUUCUUCAAUGUAAGAAAGGGAAAUGCCAAGAUUGCCAAGUUGAGGAUUCAUAUUGUCCAACAUACCUUAAAACCAUAGCAUAAGUCUUGGCAUUCUCUUUUGAUGUACCUUUGCUUAAAUGUAUCAUUUUACAAGCUGAACAAAUCAGAUAAUUCAUGUUUUAUUUACAGUUUGAUUCAUCCUAUUCUCACUGUGUUUUAAUCGCACAUCAUAUACAUGGUUGUAAUGAUAUUAAAUUGGUCUAUAUUUUA